GGGGCCUGAGCUGCCGGGUACCCCAGUGUCCGCCGCCUCUGCUGUCCCCCGCACCCGCCACUUCCGGGGCCGCAGUCCCGGGCAUGGAGCCCCGAGCUUGAGGUGCCGCUGGCCCCGGGACACCUUGCCCAGCCCGGCCGCCGCCCUGCACCGGCCCCGAGCCCUGGUCUGUGUCACAUCUGCAGCCGGAAUGGAGGCUUUCUGGACCCUUUAGAAGCAGGCUCACCCACCCAGAGGUCAGCCGAGUGGUUAAUGCGGAAGGUUAAGAAACUGCGGCUGGACAACGCGAACACAGGACGUUGGAGAAGCUUCUCGUUGAAUUCCGAGGGGGCAGAGAGGAUGGCCACCGGGGCGCCCACGUCCGACCGGGGCGAUCGGGGUGACGCGGUUGAGAUGGAGGACCCAGCCUCCCGAUUUCAGGUGCAGAAGCACUCAUGGGAUGAGCUCCGGAACAUCAUCCACGGCAGCCGCAAGAACUCAGGUCUGAUCGUCAACAAGGCUCCACACGACUUCCAGUUUGUGCAGAAGACUGACGAGUCAGGCCCCCACUCCCACCGCCUCUACUACCUGGGCAUGCCAUAUGGCAGCCGAGAGAACUCCCUCCUCUACUCCGAGAUCCCCAGGAAGGUCCGCAAGGAGGCGCUGCUGCUCCUGUCCUGGAAGCAGAUGCUGGAUCACUUCCAGGCCACGCCCCACCACGGGGUCUACUCCCGGGAAGAGGAGCUCCUGCGGGAGCGGAAGCGCCUGGGCGUCUUCGGCAUCACCUCCUACGACUUCCACAGCGAGAGCGGCCUCUUCCUCUUCCAGGCCAGCAACAGCCUCUUCCACUGUCGGGAUGGCGGCAAGAACGGCUUCAUGGUGUCCCCCAUGAAGCCCCUGGAAAUCAAGACCCAGUGUUCUGGGCCCCGGAUGGACCCCAAGAUCUGCCCCGCCGACCCCGCCUUCUUCUCCUUCAUCAACAACAGUGACCUGUGGGUGGCCAACAUUGAGACGGGCGAGGAGCAGCGGCUGACCUUCUGUCACAGAGGCUUGUCUAGUGUCCUUGAUGACCCCAAAUCUGCGGGUGUAGCCACCUUUGUCAUCCAGGAAGAAUUUGACCGCUUCACUGGCUACUGGUGGUGUCCCACAGCCUCCUGGGAAGGUUCAGACGGCUGCAAGACGCUGCGAAUCCUGUAUGAGGAGGUCGACGAGUCUGAGGUGGAGAUCAUUCACGUGCCCUCUCCUGCGCUAGAGGAGAGGAAGACGGACUCCUACCGAUACCCCAGGACAGGCAGCAAGAAUCCCAAGAUCGCCUUGAAACUGGCCGAGUUUCAGACUGACAGUCAGGGCAAGAUCGUGUCGACGCAAGAAAAGGAGCUGGUGCAGCCCUUCAGGACGCUCUUCCCGAAGGUGGAGUACAUCGCCAGGGCCGGCUGGACCCGGGAUGGCAAGUAUGCCUGGGCCAUGUUCCUGGACCGGCCCCAGCAGCGGCUCCAGCUUGUCCUCCUGCCCCCAGCCCUGUUCAUCCCCACCACCGAGAGUGAGGAGCAGCGGGCAGCCCUCGCCAGAGCCGUGCCCAGGAACGUCCAGCCGUAUGUCGUGUAUGAGGAGGUCACCGACGUGUGGAUCAACGUUCACGACAUCUUCUAUCCCUUCCCCCAACCAGAGGGAGAGGACGAGCUCUGCUUCAUCCGCGCCAACGAGUGCAAGACCGGCUUCUGCCACCUGUACAAAGUCACUGCUGUUUUGAAGCCCCACGGCUACGACUGGACCCAGCCCUUCAACCCUGGGGAAGAUGAAUUUAAAUGCUCUAUCAAGGAGGAGAUCGCACUGACCAGUGGUGAAUGGGAGGUCUUGGCAAGGCACGGCUCCAAGAUCUGGGUCAAUGAGGAGACGAAGCUGGUGUACUUUCAAGGCACGAAGGACACGCCCCUGGAGCACCACCUCUACGUCGUCAGCUAUGAGAUGGCCGGCGAGAUCGUGCGCCUCACCACGCCCGGCUUCUCACACAGCUGCUCCAUGAGCCAGAACUUCGACAUGUUCAUCAGCCACUACAGCAGUGUGAGCACGCCGCCCUGUGUGCACGUCUACAAGCUGAGUGGCCCCGACGACGACCCCCUGCACAAGCAGCCGCGCUUCUGGGCCAGCAUGAUGGAGGCGGCCAGCUGCCCCCCGGAUUACGUGCCUCCAGAAAUCUUCCACUUCCACACGCGGUCAGACGUGCGGCUCUAUGGCAUGAUCUACAAGCCGCACGCCGUGCAGCCAGGGAAGAAGCACCCCACCGUCCUCUUCGUGUAUGGAGGCCCGCAGGUGCAGCUGGUGAAUAACUCCUUCAAAGGAAUCAAGUAUUUGCGGCUCAACACCCUGGCGUCUCUGGGCUACGCUGUAGUCGUGAUCGAUGGCCGGGGCUCCUGUCAGCGAGGGCUUCGAUUUGAAGGGGCCCUGAAAAACCAAAUGGGCCAGGUGGAGAUCGAGGACCAGGUAGAGGGCUUGCAGUUUGUCGCUGAGAAGUACGGCUUCAUUGACCUCAGCCGGGUCGCCAUCCAUGGCUGGUCCUACGGAGGCUUCCUCUCACUCAUGGGGCUGAUCCACAAGCCCCAAGUGUUCAAGGUGGCCAUCGCAGGCGCCCCGGUCACAGUCUGGAUGGCCUAUGACACAGGGUACACGGAACGCUACAUGGAUGUCCCAGAGAACAACCAGCUUGGCUAUGAGGCGGGUUCUGUGGCCCUGCAUGUGGAAAAGCUGCCCAAUGAGCCCAACCGCCUCCUCAUCCUGCACGGCUUCCUGGAUGAGAACGUGCACUUUUUCCACACAAACUUCCUCGUCUCCCAACUCAUCCGAGCAGGAAAGCCUUACCAGCUCCAGAUCUACCCCAACGAGAGACACAGUAUCCGCUGCCCGGAGUCCGGCGAGCACUAUGAAGUCACACUGCUGCACUUUCUACAGGAAUACCUCUGAGCCCCGAGGGCCGGCAUGUGCGGGGGCCCGCACAGUCAGAGCACAAGUGGCUUCCCUGCCGCCAUCGUGGGGAGGGGUGGGGGGACGACGAAGCGGGAGAGACUGAGUUGCCCCGCAGAUCCCGAGCACCGCCUCCUCCCACGCCCCCACUGGACCAUCCACCCCGGAGCUGCCGCCUUCGCCCCAACGCCUUUUUUUUCUUUUCUUUUCUUUCUUUUUUUUUUUCUUAAUGCUCCUGGGGGUUUUUUGCCUGCUGCUUCUUGGUUGCCAGGAUGGAGAGAUAAGGCUGACAUCCUCAAGGCACUUCCUCAACCCAUCCCUCUGCUCCCCAUGGUCCAGGAGCUAGAGCCUAAGCUCCACGGGGAGCUGGAAGCCAGAAGAGACUUGGAGAAAUCGGGCCUUAGCCCAGGGGCCACCGGCACAGAAGCAUGCCAUUGCCUUUUCUCCCCCACCUGCCCACUUCAUACUUGUGUUCUGUUUGGGGGCAGUUUUUCUUAAUUAUUUAAAAGAUAGGAAGCAAGGGGUGCCUAAAUCUAGAAUCAGGGUCCGCUGCUGGGCCACGGGGGUUCAAUCCAGCCAGCAGUGGGGGGGGGGGUGUCCCUAGCAGGCCGUGAGCAACUUGGGAGUCUGACUGGCAGCCCUCUGGCCUGCCUUUCCCCCAGCUUUCAGGCAGGCUCUGAAAUGCGCCCCGCCCCGUUCUCUGCUGGUCAGCGGCUGCUGCCCCCUCCCCAGCCCAGCCAUCCGGCCACACAUUUCUACUUGGCCGGCACAGACCGGGGCUCCGGGGUUGGGAGUGGAACCCUCCCCGCCUCAGGGUUCUCCUUACUCCUUUUUCCUGCCCCACCAAGAGUUCUGCCAGGGGCAGGUUUGACAAAAAAAAACCCUACCACCUCUACAUAUUAUGGAAAGAAAAUAUUUUUGUCGAUUCUUAUUCUUUUAUAAUUAUGCGUGUAAGAAGUAGACUUAUUAAACGACUCCAGAUGGAAGUGUU